AUGACGGAGCGUCCCGAGCGGGACGACGUUUACCCGGGCUCCAACCUUUGGUUCUUCUGCAACAGCGGCAUCAAUAUCCUGGGCGAUGCUGUGAGCAUUUGCAGUGGUAAUGGGACCCGCUGCGACACACUCGCCACAGCCACCGUCCUGUGCCAGAUCCUCGGCUACGACGAGGCCUCCAGCUACCAGUCUGACGUGACCACCACGACCACCCUGGCCGAGGGUCAGGCAGUGCGCUCCCUCUCCGGCGAGUUCUGCCAGGCAGACGGCUCCUUCACCCUGCAGCGCCCUGAGGGCAAUGCCGCGCCGCUCAGCAAUGGCCCCUGUACCGUCCUGAACAAGCUCGUGUGUGUCAGGCUGAGCAGCAGCAUGGAUGCCGCGGCCGAGUCGGCCUUCCUCGCCAUAUCGGAGAACCAGUUUGGCGGCAAGGAGAUCGCGCCGGCCGCCGAGCUGAUCGCCGAGGUGGCCGAUAGUCUGCCUGGCGGCCGGAAGCUGCUGGGAAAGUAG